AUGGCCGCCGUACUCGGUCGAGCUGCAGCCUACGCGCUCCCCCUCGCCACAGCAGCCCUCGCCGCGACGGCCCUCGUCCUGUCCUUCGUCGUCGUCCUCGCCCUCACCUCGCGAUCCCGCCUGCGCCAACGAGCACCGCACCAGCGCACCGCCUUCCUCAAGUGCCACCUCGGCCUGUCGACCGACCAGGCCACCGCCACCCGCCUCGUCGGCCUCUUUCACCCGUACUGCAAUGCCGGCGGCGGCGGCGAGCGCGUCCUGUGGACCGCCCUCGCGUGCAUGCAGCGCGACCUCGCCGCGAGUCCGACCCCGACCGCGUUCGUCGUCUACACGGGCGACGUCGGGUCCCACGACGGCGCCGUCACCAAGGCCGACAUCCUCGCCAAAGUCGAGGCCCGGUUCGGCGUCGCCCUGUCGCCCGACUCGCUCGCGUUCGUCCCGCUCACGCGCCGCUGGCUCGUCGAGGACGCGACCUACCCGCGCCUCACCCUCCUCGGGCAGUCGCUCGGGAGCGUUAUCGUCGCCCUCGAGGGCCUCGCGGGCCCGCAAGGCGUCGCGCCCGACGUCUGGAUCGACACGAUGGGCUACGCGUUCGCCUACCCGCUCGUCAAGUGGCUGCUCGGCGUGCCCGUCGGCAGCUACACCCACUACCCGACCAUCAGCACCGACAUGCUCUCGCGCGUCCGCUCGCGCACGGCGGGCCACACGAACCCGUCGUCGAUCGCGUCGAGCGCCGUCCUGUCGCGCGCAAAGCUCGUCUACUACACGGCCUUUGCGCGCGCGUACCGGGCGAGCUUGGCCCGGGCCGACACGCUCAUGGUCAACUCGACGUGGACGAGGCGGCAUGUCGUGCGGCUGCUUGGCGGUGGCGAGGGCGAGGGCGAGGGUGAGGUGGUCGUGGCGCCCGACGAGGGUCCGAGCGACGCAGCCGCGGCGGUGUCGUCGCCCGACGGCCUGCGCCAGCGCCCCACCGCCUCGAGCGUCGUCAAGAAGCAGCAACCGUCCACGAGCCUGCCCCGCCGCACGCCCCGACCGCGCGUGCGCACCGUCUACCCGCCGUGCGACACGGCGGCCCUCACCUCGUUCCCCGCCACGACCUCGUCGCGGGUCCCGAGCCCGACCUCGCCCAUCACGAUCCUGUCGCUCGCCCAAUUCCGCCCUGAGAAGGAGCACGCGACGCAGCUGCGCGCGUUCGCCGAGCUCGUCUCCCCCUCGUCGUUGUCGGCGCCCUCGCUCCUGCCCAUCACGCUCGACCCAACGCGCCUGCGCCUCGUCCUCGCCGGCUCGGCCCGCCACGCCGCCGACCACGCGCGCGUCGCGGCCCUGCGCACGCUCGCCGACGAGCUCGGCGUCGCAAGCCAGUGCGAGUUUGUCGUCAACGCGCCGUACGACGACGUGUGCGCGCUCAUGCGGCAGGCGAGCAUUGGGCUGCACACGAUGGUCGACGAGCACUUUGGGAUCACGGUCGUCGAGUUUCAGGCAGCAGGCCUGCUCACCCUCGCGCACCCGUCUGCCGGGCCCCUCCUCGAUAUCCUCGUACCCUCGUCCUCUCCCUCGCACGGCACCGGCCCAACCGGCUUCCUCGCCACCUCCUCCCCCACUUCCUCCUCCUCCUCGUCCACCGAGCGCCACCUCCCACCCCACCUCGCCUUCGCGACCUCUCUCGCGCACAUCCUCGCGCUCCCCGAGGCCGAGCAGGACGCGGUCCGGGCGCGCGCGAGGGAGAGCGCCCAGGCACGGUUCGGCGUCGAGGCGUUCGAGCGCGGGUGGAUGGACGCGUGGCGAGAGCUCGAGGGGCGGAUUGGCGCAGGGGCGCAGGACGAGAGGGACGGCAAGAGGAGAGAGUAGAAGUGCGCCAUGUGAUAUUACAUUGUUGCGCUCGCGGCAGUGUACAAGAGUGGCCCGACGAGGGAGAGAGAGGGGGCUCUAGGCGGUGCACAACAGGAUGACGAGCGAGAGACGGGCAUGCUUGAGGAUCGAGGGGUGCAGGGGAUGCUCGGCGAGGGGGCGAGGGUUCAGUCGAGGGGCUCGGCGGUGACUUCGGCGUCGUCGCUCCGCAAAAAGUCCCGCAGCGCGAGCGG